AUGUUGGCGACGCAGCUCAAACCCCUUGUUGAGAAUGGAUCGCUCGAUCGGAACGUCGUUGUGCGCGUCACGCAAUUCACGUCCAACACGGUACAAAACCGCAAGAUUCUCAUCUUGCUGAAUCUCGAGGUGAUUUCCCCCGCUUUGCCUCAUCGUAUUGGCAAUCCACAGAAUAUCGAGUCGGCCAAGUCGUCUGCUGACGCGUCUGUCGAGACGAAAGCCGUGCCGGGAGCCACCCCACACGCCGACGUGAAGCCGCCUGCUCCCGCCAUGGCUCCCUCUUUAGGUGCGCAAGCGCUUUCCGGCUCGCACGGGGACUCUGCACGGGUAGGAUCGCGCGGCGUCGCCAAGUCCAGCUCCGGCAUGCCUGUGUACCCGAUUGAUGCGCUUUCUCCGUACCAGAACAAAUGGACGAUCAAAGCGAGGGUGACGCUCAAGACCGACAUCAGGCACUGGUCGAAUGCACGUGGCGAUGGCAAACUAUUCAGCGUGAAUCUUUUGGACGAGAGUGGCGAAAUCCGCGCGACGGCUUUCAACGAUGCUGUGGAUCGGUUUUAUCCCGUCCUACAGGAGAACAAAGUAUACUUUAUCAGCAAGGCGAAGGUGACCAUCGCAAAGAAGCAGUUCAGUACACUCCCAAAUGAGUACGAGAUUUCGCUUGAGAGCGGAAGUGAGAUUGAGGAGUGUGCAGAGGCAGGAGACGUGCCCGAAGUCAAGUAUAAUUUCGUGUCGAUUGACCAGCUUACGACAGUUGAGCCGAACCAGACAACUGAUGUAAUUACUAUUCUCGACGGCUAUACAGACGUGUCGGAAAUUCUAUCGAAAGCGACGCAGCGGCCCAUCAAGAAACGCGACCUUACUCUUAUUGACAGCAGUGGUAUGAGUGUACGAAUGACACUGUGGGGCUCACAGGCGGAGAACUUUGAGAAGACCAUCGCUGGCGAAGAGAAGCCAGUGAUUGCAUUCAAAGGCGUCAAAGUCAGCGACUUUGGUGGGCGCAGCCUCAGCAUGUUCUCCAGCUCCACCAUGUCGAUCAACCCUGACAUCCCAGAGUCACACGGCCUCCGUGGCUGGUACGACAACGAGGGGAAUAGUGCACAUAUACGCAGUUAUGGAGCAACUCUCGAUGGCACCACGGCGUCCGCUCUCAACCAGGGUGCCUUGCGCGCGAAUGAAUUCCGCACGCUUGCUCAGGUCAAAGACGAGUCGCUCGGCACAUCGUUUGAACGUGCGGACUACUUUAAUGCACGCGCUGUUGUCCUGUACAUUCGGCCAAACACGCUAUACUACACGGCGUGUCCCGGCCAAGAUUGCAACAAAAAAGUCAUCGAAGAAAGCGACGGUUGGCGCUGUGAAAAGUGUGACCGGAGCUAUCCGGCACCUGUACGGCGUUACAUUUUCUCUGCCAACAUUGCUGACUAUUCGGGUCAGAUCUGGAUCAGUGGCUUCAACGAAGUGGGCGUCGCUCUGCUGGGCAUGACCGCCGAUGAGCUUGAUUCCAUCCGCAAUGAAAACGAGGGCGAAUUCAAGGCUGUCCUCACCCGCGUGAUUGGCCGCGUGAUGGAUUUCCAUUGUCGAGCGAAGCAAGAGACGUUCAACGACACGAAUCGCGUGCGCUACACUGUCACGCAAAUCCAGCCGCUUAAUUUCGCAAAGGCAGGACACGAACUGGUGGAUAAGAUCCAUGCGCUUCAACUACGCUAG